AUGCCAGUAAUCAGACGAAUACCCGAUAACAAAAGACGGUCCCGCACAGGCUGCAUACCAUGUCGAAGGCGUCGUAGAAAAUGUGACGAACAAAGACCCCAGUGCGGAAGCUGUCAGGGGAGAAAUGUAACAUGCGAGUUCAAAGAGUGGACCUUUGUCCCUGGCGUUCGAUCGUCGUUGCGCAGGGAUGAGCGUGCGAGGGAGGAUACAGCAUCUGAUGGCGAUGACUCUUUGAUGCCUAUGAAUGAUAGUCUACUAUCUUUUAUCGACGAUAGUCCUUCUACUCUUGAGCCAGUACUGGAUGAGCCCUUGCCUAGCAUAGUGCGAAGCGAAAGAGUUGAAUCUACCCAGAGUAUAGUACGUAGCGACAGAGUCGAGUCUACCCAAAAUGCCCCAACCAAUACCACUCAGCCAGCACCUCCAACAACCGCUCAACCUAACAAUGAAGGCAACCAAAUCCCCACCCCAGCAAGAUGGAACGAAACAGUCCUCUCCGAACAAAACUCCUCAGAACGUCAAACAGCCAUGCUCCGCUUCCGCUAUCAAAUAGCACCCUGGCUAGACUCCAACGCACCGCGCUCUACCUUUGGACCGAAGAUCAUGACAUUAGCAGCCGAGAAGAGUGUUAUCAUGGAUGUCAUCGUUUGGGUUGCUAUGAGGCGAAGCAGAAGCUCAACGAGUUCCGAGGGAGAUUUUCAUCUUGUGCAGCAUUUGCAGCAUCGGUUGUCGCUUGAGAAUGUGUUUACGGCUGAUGUCGGACGGUCGUUGCUUGCGUUGGGGAAUUUCUUUUAUACUUCGCCUUCGGAGUGGUUGGGGUUUCAGAGUGAUCGUGGGGAGAGAUAUCAGUUUUUUGAGAAUCAAGAGGAACCUCUUAAGACUCUGGAUCGGUUUCACUUCAAAACUGAACUCGCUGCUUCCAUUAUAGCGUCCAGAUCACCCGUCUCACAGUCCUCGUUACCACUCAUAGACGAGCCACUCCUAAGCUCCAACAUGUCCCCAUGCCAGAUUUACGACACAUGUUUGGUACACCUCACAGCAUGCUGCCAACUGAUCCACAACAAAGUCAUCCCUCUCCUCAACGGCAUAUCCACCAUCCAAUCACCAACCCACGAAUCCAGCUCAUUGGUAUGGGCAACCUGGUCCAACCUAUGGGCAAAAUGCGUCCAAUGGUUCCGCGAUCGUCCCCCAGACAUGGUCCCCCUCCUCGAAAGUCCCGAAGUAGACACCCACACCAACACCCCCUUCACAGCAGACGUAUACUCGAGCGCAAUAGCAGUCCAAGCAAAUCUCACAAUCCACUACUCCGCCCUUCUCUUACUAUCCUACAAACCCCGUCUCGUCAAAUUAUCAUCCACGCCACAUCGCUUAGUAUCUAAAAGCUGGCACGCACAGAAACUCGCAAAACUAGCGCUCUGGAAUAACUUUCCUGACCAAUGGGAUCCUGUCGUUGUAGCUACCGUUGUGAGGAUAGCGAGAGACAUGACGUAUCCUUCGCAACAGGAAGCGUUGCUUUCGUGUUUUCAACGGAUUGGGGACGCUACGAAAAUUCCUCUGCAAAGGGAAAUUGCGGAUCUGCAGCAGUUUUGGUCUUUGUCGCGACAUUCCAAUGCGCCCACUAAUCUUCAUUCCUGA